UGUCCGCCAGAACAUGGAGAAGGUGAUCGUGCCGUCGGUGACGCUCAUCGUGGGCUGCGGCGUGUCGUCGCUGACCCUGCUCUUGCUGAUCAUCAUCUACGUCUCCGUGUGGAGGUACAUCCGCUCAGAGCGGUCCGUCAUCCUCAUCAACUUCUGCUUGUCCAUCAUUUCCUCCAACGCCCUCAUCCUCAUCGGGCAGACCCAGACUCGAAACAAGGUGGUGUGCACGCUGGUGGCCGCCUUCCUGCACUUCUUCUUCCUGUCCUCCUUCUGCUGGGUGCUCACCGAGGCCUGGCAGUCCUACAUGGCCGUCACGGGCCGCCUCCGGAGCCGCCUCAUCCGCAAGCGUUUCCUCUGCCUGGGCUGGGGGCUCCCUGCGCUGGUGGUGGCCAUUUCCGUGGGAUUUACCAAGGCCAAAGGGUACAGCACCGUGAACUACUGCUGGCUCUCCCUGGAGGGGGGACUGCUGUACGCCUUCGUGGGACCGGCCGCCGCCGUCGUGCUGGUGAACAUGGUCAUCGGGAUCCUGGUGUUCAACAAGCUCGUGUCCAAGGACGGCAUCACGGACAAGAAGCUGAAGGAGCGGGCAGGGGCCUCGCUCUGGAGCUCCUGCGUGGUGCUGCCGCUGCUGGCGCUGACCUGGAUGUCGGCCGUGCUGGCCGUCACCGACCGCCGCUCCGCGCUCUUCCAGAUCCUCUUCGCUGUCUUUGACUCGCUGGAGGGCUUCGUCAUCGUGAUGGUGCACUGCAUCCUGCGCAGAGAGGUCCAGGAUGCUGUGAAGUGCCGCGUGGUGGAUCGCCAGGAGGAGGGCAACGGGGACUCGGGGGGAUCCUUCCAGAACGGCCACGCCCAGCUGAUGACCGACUUCGAGAAGGACGUGGAUCUGGCCUGUAGAUCAGGUGAGCGCCUGACAGUGCUCAACAAGGACAUCGCAGCCUGCCGCACGGCCACCGUCACGGGCACACUCAAGCGGCCGUCGCUGCCCGAGGAGGAGAAGCUGAAGCUGGCCCACGCCAAGGCGCCGCCCCCCAAUUUCAACAGCCUGCCGGCCAGCGUGUCCAAGCUGCACCUGCACGGCUCCCCCCGCCGCCUGGGCCCGCCCGACUUCCCCAACCAUUCGCUGACCCUCAAGAAGGACAGGGCGCCCAAGUCCUCCUUCGUCGGCGACGGGGACAUCUUCAAGAAGCUGGACUCGGAGCUGAGUCGGGCCCAGGAGAGGGCCCUGGACACGAGCUACGUAAUCCUGCCCACGGCCACGGCCACGCUGCGGCCCAAGCCCCAGGAGGAGCCCAAGUACAGCAUCCACAUCGACCAGAUGCCCCAGACGCGCCUCAUCCACCUCAACAUGGCCCCCGAUGCUGGCCUCCCCGCCCGCAGCCCGCCCUCCCGCCAGCCCCCCGAGGCGCCCCCUGCCCACCUGGGGGAGCCCGGGGAGCCCCCCGCUCACCCGGGGCCCAGUGUGGGGACGGGGACCAGGAACGAGAACGUCUCCACCUUGUCUGUGAGCUCUCUGGAGAGGCGGAAGUCGCGGUACGCAGAGCUGGACUUCGAGAAAAUCAUGCACACCCGGAAGCGGCACCAGGACAUGUUCCAGGACCUGAACCGGAAGUUGCAGCAUGCCGAGAAGGACAAGGAGGCGCUGGGCGCGGACAGCAAGCAGCCAGAAAAGCAGCCGACGCCCAGCAAGCGGCCCUGGGAGAGCCUUCGGAAAGCCCACGGGACGCCCGCGUGGGUGAAGAAGGAGCUGGAGCCCCUGCCGCCGUCGCCCCUGGAGCUGCGGAACGUGGAGUGGGAGAAGUCGGGCGCCACGAUCCCGCUGGUGGGCCAGGACAUCAUUGACCUCCAGACUGAGGUCUGA